GGAAUCUAAAUUUCCUAAUUCAUAAAACUAUCAAUAAAAUUUUGUUAUUUGUUUUUAUGGGCCAAAUUAAAUUAAGAAGUAUUUGUUUUCCGUCAAUAAUUUUCGAAUUUCGCGGUGAUUGCAAGUUACACCACGAAAACAUCCGCAACUGCUGUUUUUUCGGACAUAUGUGGAAUCAGUAUUGUUCUUACGGCCGAACUAGAGAGUACUCUCGCUCGAUAAAUUAUUAUUAAUAUUUACUACGACAAUCAGAAAAUACGAUCCAUUGCUGUGAUCCAUAGCUACACGACUCCGAACAUCCAGGAAUCAAGAAAAUAACGAGCAUUCAUUCCUACGUUGACAUUGGUCCUUCGUUGCCGGGUUGUUUCCUUCAGAAAAAUUCAUUCAUAAUUUAAUUUGGCCAAAAUUUACCUUUUUUCAUUUAUUUUUUGCGACAUACGUCUCUUGUGAAAAUCAUUUCAUUUCACGGGCAGACCGGUUCAAGGUCAGGGUCACAGCGCGCAUGGUGCAUUUUCAUCUUUGUUUACAACGGGAAUUAUAAAACGAAUGUUUUCAAUUUGUCUUCAUCUUUUAUAAUAUCUCUUCAUUCAAACAGUGGAUGCUAUUUUGAUGACAAAUUCAAUAUUUUCAAUUAUUCAGUUCAACAUUUUGUUGCGGUCGCUGUAUUUUGCCUUCGGGAGCUGUUUGAAGUGUAUUAUUUACAUACUUUUCAACUUAUCUUUACUUCCUUUCGAAUAUUAUUACUUGCUUUUGAUAUCAAUCGUAAUUACUGGGUAACAAUUUUCGAAUAUCAUUCAUUAUUGACCCAUAUUUACUGCAAUUCAUCACGUACUUACACCAGAUUUCAUUUACUAUUGUACAUUUUGAAAAUUUGUAGAUCAUAUUGUAUUAUUCAACUGUCGACCAUAUCUUCUGAAGUAAACGCUAGUUUUCCUUUUCCACACAUUUAUUAAUACACGUUUCAUAAAUCUAGCAAUCGAUUUACAUUGUUCAGUUUUUUAUUACCUCGGAUAUUUAUUAUAUCAGAUUAUUAUAUUAUAUUGAUUCAUAAUGUCCAGCAAAUUAACUAGAGCUAAUUUACUGCGCCAAACAGCCUAUUCGCGUUUAAAGGAAGCUCAAGAAAUAGGCAUUCAGGCAUCAACAAAUGAAUCUUAUAAAUCGCAGUUUUUAGCCAGAGCUGAUGAAAUAGAAGGCGCUUAUGAGGAUUUUCGAUCAUCACACAAUACAAUCAUUGGUUUAAUUUCAGAUGAAGAAUUUUCAGAGUACGAUAAACUCAGAAUCGCGGCUGAUCAGGCAUAUUACUACGUGAAAUCAAUUAAACAUGAUUUGUUAUUGAAAAAUUCUGCGGGAACCUCUUCAAACACUUCAUCAAAAACUAGUUUACAACCUUGCAAGCCUUCAGCCAGAAUUCCCAAGCUUUCUAUUCCAACAUUUUCAGGCAAUUUUCGAGAUUGGCCUAGCUUUUUCGACUUAUUCAAGAGCAUCAUUCAUGAAAAUACUGAUUUGUCUGAUGUUGAAAAGUUUCGUUAUCUUUUAACAUCCCUUAGUCACGAACCUUUAGCACUUAUUAAAGGCAUUCCUCUCAUUGAUGCAAAUUAUAAAAUUGCAUACGAAAUUUUAGAGAAAAGAUACCAAAAUAAAAGAAUACUUGCCAGUCAGUAUUAUAAUGAUAUUUUCAAUGCCCAACCAGUACAGAAACCGACAUCUGUGAAAUUAAGACAUCUUUUAAAUAUAUUUACGGAAAAUGUUGCCGCUUUACGUGUUCUCGAUUUCCCUGUCGAUCAUUGGGAUUUCUUAUUAUUUAAUAUGCUUAUGAACAAAUUAGAUGUUAAAACACGUACUGACUUCGAGUUAGAAAAUAGUGUAAAUCAUGAGAUUCCUACUUAUCGACAGUUGGUUACCUUUUUAGAGAGACAAUGUACAGCUUUGGAAUCUGUACAAUUCACUACUUCCAAUUUGCAAUAUGCAAACAGUGGGAUCCCUCAGCGGGUUUCCCGAGCCCCUAGUAGAGGGCCUGUGGCUAGCUUCGUUGCUUCCGAGUCCCAGCCUGGUCCAUCUGGCCAAAGCACUAAGUGUUUUUUAUGUUCGUCUUCUCAUCCCUUAUACAAAUGUCAAUCAUUUCUAGCCAAAACUCCCCAAGAACGUUUUUCUUUGGUCAAACAACAUAAUCUAUGCGUUAAUUGUUUGAUUUCUCCUCAUUCUGUCAGAAAUUGUAGUUCUAGUCAUAAAUGUAGAAUUUGCAAAUUACCACAUCAUACUACUCUGCAUUUCGAUAAAUCAUCAAAAGGUUCAAGUCCUUCACUUCAGCCAUCCAAUCAGAGUGAACCCGUCAACUCGGUGGGGGAAACUCAAUCUAUUGUUCCAACAUCUCUCGUCAGUACAAACUCUUCUACGGCUUCAACAUUAACAACGAUUUUAUUAUCUACUUGUGUGAUACAUGUUAAGGAUUUCAACGGAAAUUUCCAGAAAAUUCGCAUACUUUUGGAUACAGGGUCUAUGGCAAACUUUAUUUCCGACACUUGUGUUAGACGUUUGGGACUUCCUCGAAGAAGGAUAUCAAUACCUGUGGAAGGGCUAAAUGGGAUGACAUCAUCCACCACUCAGGGUACAACUUCUUGCCUUAUCAAGCCCUGUGAUCAGUCUGGUCCAACUUUCUCUCUUGAAGCCAUUAUCAUACCCAAGGUUUGUUCGAACCAACCCAAAUUUCAUAUUAAUCCUCGAGAUUUGACUCAUAUUCAUGGGCUCAAAUUAGCGGACCCUAAAUUUUAUCAACCAGGUCCUAUAGAUAUGCUUAUAGGAGCUGAGUUAGUUCCUUUCCUUUUGAGGUCCAAACGAAUUUUUGGUGGACCCAAUCAACCGGUAGCCUUGGAGACCAUCUAUGGAUACGUUCUUCAAGGACGAACCUCUACAUCUCCUCAAAAAUGCCAUUUGACAUCUCUUCAUUCGUCUGUGGAUUUAAAUGUGGAUCAUAUUUUGCGAAGGUUUUGGGAGGUCGAAAAUGUCCCUCAACCUCCUUGUGUAUCACCUGAGGAUGAAAUUUGCGAGAAAAUUUAUUCUUCCUUGACUUUUCGGGAGCCUACAGGCAGAUUCUCAGUUCCUCUUCCUUUCCGAAUACAGAAUCCGUCUUUCUGUGAUACCUACACUCAGGCCUAUAGAAGAUUUUGUAUGCUUGAAAAUCGAUUCCUGAAAAAUCCAAACCUCAAAGGAAAAUACGUGGAAUUCAUGACAGAUUAUAUCAACAGAGAGCAUAUGAGUCCAGUCCCAACAUCAGAAUUUAAAUCCCCUACUUCAUACUAUAUUUCACAUCAUGCAAUUUUCAAAGAACAAAUUGAAAAUUCUUCCGUUAUUUACAAAAUUCGAGUAGUAUUCGACGCCAGUUUACGUGACGUUCAAGGUGUUUCUCUGAAUGAUACUCUGUAUACUGGACCCAAGCUUCAAAAAGAUAUAUCUUGUCUCCUACUUAAUUUUCGCUACUUUCGUUACUGCUUUACUUGCGAUAUCAAACAAAUGUACCGCCAAAUCAAUGUAAAUAAAGAGUUUUGGCAAUUUCAGAAAAUAAUUUGGCGAUCUGAUCCUUCUGAGCCUUUAAGGGAAUAUUAUUUACGAACAGUCACUUACGGUGUUUCGUGUUCACCGUAUCUUGCUUUGAAAACGUUAUCUUGGGACGAAGAGCUUCCUGAACACAUACAGCGAGUGUGGCAACAAUUCAAGGUAGAACUACCCGGUCUCGGUAAUAUAAAGAUACCACGAUACUUUGGCUUCGAUAGGACUUCUGAAGUACAAAUUCACGGUUUUUGUGAUGCGUCCGAAAUUGGCUAUGCCAGUGUGGUAUAUCUCAGGUUCUGGAAUUCCAAUAGUUUUAAAACCACCCUUGUUUGCGCCAAAUGUAGAGUAUCUCCUCUGAAAACUCAAUCAAUCGCAAGAUUGGAACUCCUAGCAGCUCUUUUACUUGCUAAUCUCAUAGCAUUCGUGAUAGAAAGUUUCAAAGGCAUAUUCACUUUCAAUGACAUAUAUGUCUGGUCAGAUUCCAUGAUUGUUCUCACUUGGGUUACUUCGUCUCCGCAUAGAUGGAAAACAUUUAUUGCCAAUCGCGUGAGACAUAUCCAAGAAAUAAUCUCCAUUUCAUCUUGGCAUCAUGUGCCUUCCCAUCUGAACCCGGCAGAUUGUGCAAGUCGUGGUUUAUCACCGGCGCAACUUUCGCAGUUUUCCCUGUGGUGGGAUGGUCCAGAAUUUUUGUUGAAAUCUGAAGAGCAUUGGCCUACUCAGAAUAACUUUCAUUCUUCAAAUGGUGUUGAAAUUCCGGAAGAAAGAGCGCCCACUGUUUUGUUGUCAAAACUCAUUACCACGGAAAAUGUUAUUCUCUGUUUGCUUUCAAGAUUCUCAUCUCUUCCAAAAAUACAGAGAAUAACAGCAUAUAUUUUGCGCUUUGUAUCAAACGGAUUGAAAAGGAAUGAUAUCUCAAUGUUUAACCUUUCUAUUAGUCCUCAAGAAAGUGAUAAUGCGCUAAAGUAUCUCAUUAGGGUGGUUCAGAAUGAUGUUUUCGCCGAAAUUAGGCUGAAGAUUAAACAAAAUGAGGUUUUACCAAAACCAAUACGCAAGCUUGCUCCAUUCAUUGAUCAAUAUGGUCUUUUAAGAGUUGGGGGACGAUUGCAAAAAUCACCAUUUUCGUUCGACGUUAAGCAUCCUUUACUUUUACCUAAAGUCCAUAGACUCACGGAUCUAAUUAUUGAAUGGACUCAUCAAACUUCUUUACACCCGGGCUUAAAGACAAUGCAGUAUUUAUUACUUCAACGCUUCUGGAUUCUUUCCCCUAGAAGUGCGAUUUACAGAUGUUUGUCAAAAUGCAUUCGUUGUUUUCGAUGCAAACCCAAAUCCUAUAAUCCAUUCAUGGGAAAUUUACCGAGUGUAAGAGUAACUCCCUUACGCGCUUUCACCUCAGUUUGUCUCGACUUUGCCGGACCUUUUCCCUUACUGAUGAGUAAGACUAGAGGUGCAAAAACGUACAAGGGCUACGUUUGUGUUUUCGUGUGUUGUAGCACAAGAGCCAUUCAUUUCGAGGUAACUUCCGACCUCAGUUCCGAUACAUUUUUGGCGGCAUUUAGGAGAUUCAUAUCUCGACGCGGACAAUGUUUGUCAAUUAGAAGUGAUCAAGGCACCAAUUUUAAAGGAGCUUAUAAUGAAAUGAUCAACCUAGCUCAAGUCACUGCUGAAACCCUCUCAAUUACUUGGGAUUUCAACCCACCAAGCGCACCACACUUUAACGGCUUAGCUGAAGCUGCGGUAAAAUCUUUCAAAACCCACUUUUAUAAGGUCAUCGGUACCCAAGUUUUGAGUUAUGAAGAAUUUUACACCCUUAUGACUCAGAUAGAGGCUGUGUUGAAUUCUCGCCCUCUUUGUGCGGUUAGCACAGACCCAAAUGACCUCCAAGCUCUAACCCCAGGUCAUUUUUUGGUUUUUGAGCCACUGGUCAGCUCCAUUCCAAAUCCUGACCUGAGCUCUUUAAAUAUAAAUCGACUAAAUCGUUGGCAGUUAAUCCAACGCAUUCAAGGCGAUUUUUGGAAAAGGUGGUCCAGAGAAUAUAUUCAUUCGCUCCAAGAAAGAUCAAAAUGGUCUACAUCCAACCCCUCACUUAAUGAAAAUUCGUUGGUUCUGAUAAAAGACGACCAACAACCUCCUCUUCGUUGGCCUUUGGCCCGAAUCAUGAAAUUACAUCAUGGUGAUGAUGGUGUUGCACGGGUUGUUACACUGAAAACAGCGUCCGGCGGCACUAUGCAGCGUCCAGUGGUCAAAGUAUGUCCACUGCCUGUUCAUUAAUCUGGACAUUCCUUUAUUUCUGAAAAAUUAGUUAUUUUUCAUUAUUUAUUUCGUGAUUGUCUUCAUUUUUCGUUGAAUUUGGGAUAAAAACAUUCGUUUUUGGUGGGGGAGAAUGUUUGGGAAUCUAAAUUUCCUAAUUCAUAAAACUAUCAAUAAAAUUUUGUUAUUUGUUUUUAUGGGCCAAAUUAAAUUAAGAAGUAUUUGUUUUCCGUCAAUAAUUUUCGAAUUUCGCGGUGAUUGCAAGUUACACCACGAAAACAUCCGCAACUGCUGUUUUUUCGGACAUAUGUGGAAUCAGUAUUGUUCUUACGGCCGAACUAGAGAGUACUCUCGCUCGAUAAAUUAUUAUUAAUAUUUACUACGACAAUCAGAAAAUACGAUCCAUUGCUGUGAUCCAUAGCUACACGACUCCGAACAUCCAGGAAUCAAGAAAAUAACGAGCAUUCAUUCCUACGUUGACAGUG